AUGGAUGCGAUAUCAACAUACAGCUUCGGGAACCUGGGCUGGCUCUCUAUUCAGGCCCUCCCGCUUAUAGUAUGGCCGCGCUUCAUUGGCAAUCUUCUUCGGCCAGACGACUACCAGGGCGCCGUUGCUACCUCUCUUGAGGACUACUUCGCCCGCUCCCUAGGUUUCGCUCUUCUCACUCUAGCUCUUCUGAUUGUCACUCUCUCGGGAGCUGUCCCACUUACGUCUGAAGACCAAAGUCAGCCCCCCCCCGCCGGAACUAUAUCCCCCUACGCAAACGCUGCCCUGAUCCUCUCCUCAGUUCACCACGCCUCUGCUGCCUUCUAUUGCUACAGCAGAUACCUGCGAGAUGGCCAGACGGCAUUUGUGCUGGGCUGCUUCGGCAGCACCAUCUUCGCCGUGUUCGGUCUCUGGGUUCUUAUGUUCGCCGGCGACAAGUCGCGCCUCAGCAAGAAGCAUGGCUUCGACAAGGACACUAGCUCGUUUCCUUUCAAAAACGCCGAGUCUUACAGAACCAAGAAGAAGGGUCUUUAA